UCCCUCUCUUCCCCUGUAUCUUCCUCAAUGGCUCAUCUCUUCAGAGACCUCUCUUCGCUGGGCCAAUCCAAGAGAGGUAUCACCGCCCCCACAACCACCACAGCCACCGCCUCACCCGCCAAACCACUCAGCAUACCCACCAGAUCCAUUUCCGCAAUGGGCACCGAUCUCCCAUCCCCGCUCGGCCAGCUCUCGGCCCAACUCAGCGACUCGGACCUCCGACUCACCGCCUACGAGAUCUUCGUCGCCGCCUGCCGUACAUCCACCGGAAAGGCCUUGACUUUCACACCCUCCUCCGCUGACUCGCCGACCCAACACGCCAACUCCCCCAACGGCUCCCCCGCAAUGCAGAGAUCGCUCACUUCCACAGCUGCCAGCAAGAUGAAGAAGGCAUUGGGUCUCAAAUCGCCGGGCUCCGGCUCCAAGAAGAGUCCCGGAUCAGCCGGGUCCGGGGUCGGGUCGGGUCCCGGAAAGCCCCGGCGGGCAAUGACGGUGGGUGAGCUGAUGAGGAUCCAAAUGGGUAUUUCUGAGGCCACUGACUCCAGAGUCCGGAGAGCUUUGCUCAGGAUUUCUGCUUCUCAGGUCGGAAGGCGAAUUGAGUCAGUGGUAGUGCCACUGGAGCUGUUACAGCAGCUCAAGUCCUCUGAUUUCACUGACCAGCAAGAAUACGAUGCAUGGCAGAAAAGAACCCUCAAAAUUCUUGAGGCCGGUCUCCUAUUGCAUCCCCACGUGCCACUUGACAAGUCGAAUAAUGCUGCACAGAGAUUGCGUCAAAUUAUUAAUGGGGCAUUGGACAGGCCCUUUGAAACUGGCAGAAAUAACGAGACUCUGCAGGUUCUUCGUAAUGCUGUUACAGCUCUUGCUUCUAGGUCAUCUGAUGGUCUCUAUGAUACAUCACAUUGGGCAGAUGGGUUGCCAUUGAAUCUCCGGCUUUAUGAGAGGCUUCUAGAAGCCUGCUUUGAUCUUCACGACGAAACAUCUAUAAUAGAGGAAGUUGACGAGCUAAUGGAGCAUAUUAAGAAGACCUGGUCAAUCCUUGGAAUGAACCAGAUGCUCCAUAACCUUUGCUUUACUUGGGUUUUAUUUCAUCGUUUUGUUGCAACUGGUCAAGUAGAACUGGACCUCUUGUAUGCUGCUGAUAGUCAGCUAGCUGAGGUUGCUAAAGACGCAAAGGCAACAAAGGAUUCCGAGUACUGCAAGAUCUUGAGUUCGACAUUGACUUCAAUAUUGGGAUGGGCAGAGAAGAGACUCCUUGCGUAUCAUGACACUUUUGAUAGCAGUAACAUUGAUGCUAUGCAGGCCAUUGUUUCUCUGGGGGUAGUAGCAGCUAAGAUUUUAGUUGAAGAUAUAUCAAAUGAGUACCGCAGGAGGAGGAAAAAUGAAGUUGAUGUUGCCCGUAGCAGGAUUGACACCUACAUCAGAUCAUCCUUGCGCACUGCUUUUGCUCAGAGAAUGGAAAAGGCUGAUUCAAGCAGGAGAGCAUCAAGACACCAGCCAAAUCCCCUUCCUGUUCUGGCCAUCCUUGCAAAGGAUGUUGGUGAGCUGGCAGUUAAGGAGAAAGAGGUGUUCAGUCCAAUAUUGAAGAGAUGGCAUCCUUUUGCUGCCGGGGUGGCUGUGGCAACCCUUCACGCUUGCUAUGCGAAUGAGAUUAAACAAUUCAUAUCAGGUAUAGCGGAGUUGAACCCAGAUGCUGUACAGGUUUUGAGAGCUGCUGAUAAGCUGGAGAAAGAUCUUGUGCUGAUAGCAGUUUUAGACUCCGUAGAUAGUGAUGAUGGUGGCAAGGCAAUAAUUCGUGAGAUGCCUCCUUACGAGGCUGAAACUGCAAUUGCGAAUCUGGUGAAAGUGUGGAUUAAGACAAGAGUGGACAGAUUGAAAGAAUGGAUUGAUAGGAAUCUACAACAAGAGGUAUGGAACCCACAAGUAAACGAAGAUGGAUAUGCCCCAUCUGCUGUUGAAGUUUUGCGAAUCCUUGAUGAAACUCUGGAAGCAUUCUUUCAGCUGCCAAUACCAAUGCAUCCUGCAUUGCUUCCUGACUUGAUGACUGGCCUUGAUAGAUGUCUUCAGUAUUAUGUAACCAAGGCAAAAUCUGGAUGUGGAUCUCGCAAUACGUUUGUUCCCACUAUGCCGGCAUUGACCAGAUGUACCAUGGGAUCAAAGUUCCAAGGCUUUGGCAAAAAGAAAGAAAAAUCACCAGUUCCUCAAAAGAGGAACUCUCAGGUUGCAACACUCAAUGGGGAUAACUCGUUUGGGAUACCUCAGAUGUGUGCUCGUAUAAAUACAUUGCAAAGAAUCCGGAGUGAGUUGGAGGUUUUGGAGAAACGGAUUAUUACUCAUCUCAGAAAUUCAGAAUCUGCUAAUGUAGAAGACUUUUCGAAUGGACUGGGGAAAAAGUUUGAACUCACGCCAGCAGCUUGUGUGGAAGCAAUCCAACAGCUUUGUGAGGCAGUGGCUUAUAAAAUGAUCUUCCAUGACCUAAGUCAUGUUCUGUGGGAUGGUUUGUAUGUUGGGGAACCAUCCUCUUGUAGAAUAGACGCUUUUCUUGACGGGCUGGAGAAGAACUUACUCAUAAUAUCCAAUACUGUGCAUGAAAGAGUUCGUACACGGAUUAUAACUGACGUAAUGAGAGCGUCAUUUGAUGGAUUCUUGCUGGUUUUGCUUGCUGGAGGCCCCUCUCGUGCAUUCUCCCAGCAGGAUUCCCAAAUAAUAGAGGACGAUUUCAAAGCCCUCAAGGAUCUAUUCUGGGCCAAUGGGGAUGGCUUGCCUUCUGAAUUGAUAGACAAGUUUUCAACAACAGUGAGAAGUGUGCUUCCCCUUUUCAGAACAGACACUGAUAGCCUCGUCGAACGGUUUAGACGAGUGACCUUGGAGUCAUAUGGCUCGUCCGCCAGGUCCAGACUCCCGUUGCCCCCAACAUCUGGGCAGUGGAACCCAACUGAACCAAACACGCUCCUUCGGGUGUUGUGCUACAGGAAUGAUGAAUCAGCUACCAAGUUUUUGAAGAAGACCUACAAUCUGCCCAAGAAACUGUAAAGUUAAAGCGAGGAUGGUAACCGUGGGAUGGCCUUUUGGCGGGCGUUGUCUUGCAGAAACUUCUAGGAAGCGCAGACAAUGAUUGUAAGUGUAUUAAGUGAUGAUCACCGUGCUGAGAUGCUCGCAUUUGCCCUUGGCAGUGUUCUUGUAUAGUAAGUUCAUGAGAGUUUGGUAUAAAUCCAGCAGUUUGCAAAGACACGAAGAUCGGAGACCAGAAGAGUCGAGAAGGACGCAGACUUCUAGAGGUUGAUUAUUCUUUUUUUUUUUUUUUUUUUUUUUUUUUCCAUUCAUUUUCAUCGUUUAGAGGCUUAUAUAAUGCGAUUGAUGUUAUUCUUUAUAAAUGCUCUACUGCACAGCAUUUUUCUUACCCCCGAAUGUUCGAUGUUAUAUAUUUGUCAGUUGUUUGUUGGUUUGCUUGUUGGUACAGAGAACAGCGUCGUUUUGUUGGUCGUAUAAUUUAUCAGAAUGUAAUAUAAGUGAGGUUGUUGACAA